AUGAGUGCUGAUUGUGGAAAGAAAAGCGUCCUCUUUGUGUGCUUAGGCAACAUUUGUCGGUCACCGAUGGCCGAAGGAAUUUUUUUGGAUCUCAUCAAAAAGAAAGGUCUUACGGAUAAAUGGAUUGUGGAUAGUGCUGCAGUUGCCAGUUUUCAUGUUGGUAAAUCUCCGGAUAAAAGAACGAUGACAACGUUGGCUAAUCAUAGGAUAACGGAUUACAAGCAUACAGUUCGCCAGGUGACUGACACCGAUUUCCGUGAUUUCGACUAUAUAUUUGGUAUGGACGAUAAAAACAUCGAAGAUCUGAACAAUUUACGAAGAAAUGUAAAAGGCAAAGCAACUAUUGAAUAUUUAGGCAGAUAUGAUCCGGAGGGUGUUUUGGUCAUACCUGACCCUUUUUACAGUCGUGAAAUACAAAUGUUUGAAAAGGUUUACGAACAGUGUUUGAGGUGUUGUCAAGUAUUUUUGGAAAAAAACUCAUGA